AUGUCCAUCACACGAGCCUUCACGACCCGGAGGGUCAAGCAGAGCCUUGAGGCUGCAGAGGCGAAUUCGAUGCCGCAGCGGAGCAAUACGACCAAGGGUUCAGUUGGCUCAAUCCGGUACAAGAUAUCAGGCCCUGUAGAGCUCAUUCAUACUACCAACAUGCUCUCCUACAAUGCGCCAGACAUCUUCCCCAAGACCGUCUCGCCCACAGCCUCGGCCUCAUCAGCGAGAUCUGAUGACAGCCUCUCAGAAGGCGCCCUGACAGCCGCCUCGUCCCCUCCCACCAGUCCUGACGUCCCGACCCAACGAUGCGCAUCCCCGGAGCCGAAUCGGUUGUCUACGUACUUCACCGCGUCGCCGCAGGCGGCCGUGCCUGCCACGAAGUCCGAGGCCCCUGCUAUCCCACAGCGAGCGCCGUCCCACACCAAGAGGGGCACGUACGAGUCGCUGAACCGCCAGCGGUCAGCCUCCCGUUUGUCAGAGCAGUCGAGUCGGACCGUAUCUACCAAAGCCAGCCUUACCUUCUCGCGUUCGUCGUCCGCCAGCACCAGCACAUCCGCCACCUCGCGUGCGUCUUCGACCCACCACAAGGCCUCGAGCCCGUCGGCCACCCCGCAGUCGCCCGCGCCGAGCACACCUGCUUCCCCGCCCGUGCAGUUCCAUCACAGGAGGGAGUACUCCGAGACGCACCCGUUCGGCCAGGAGCUGGCGCAGGUGACGGAGAUCGCGGAGGAGUAUGGUCUCAAGGAACGACUAAACGUCAUCGACGAGGAGGAGCAGGAACUAGCCGCGAAGGGCCUCUUUAAAUUCAGCGCCGAGGAGUACAUGUCCGAGAUCAGAGACAUCUUGUCGACUUUCUUCGGAGAACCCCGACCCGCGGCUGCCAUGUGGAUCUGA